CUUCAACAUGGCGUUUCUGCACUGGUUUGGCCUGCACCCAAUAUCUGCCUUUUGGUUCACUUUCAAGACUUGGAUAUGGUCGUGGGUGCCUUCAGUUCAACACUUGACUAGCCGGUCUCCUAUCAAGGAUGUGGAGAAGGGAGACAUGCAAACGUCCUCAGUCAAGGAGACUUCUCCCGAAAUUCACAAUGCCAACGCCAAAGCUUAUGACUACGUAAUCGAUGCUAAAGGAGAAUUUCUUGCGGGAGGCACCACGGGCAUCGUCGAACUUCUGGACGAUGGGACUGCACUCAAGUCGGUAUUGCCCGGUGAGAAUAUGGAAAGCAAUAUCAUGAACAUCGCCAAAGAAGCCAGCAUCUACCGUCGUCUUGGGCCCCACGAAAGACUGAUUCAGCUACUGGGUCAUUCUGAGGACGGUCUCGUGCUUGAAUAUAUGGAGAAGGGUAACCUCAAGGCAUAUCUCUUAGCGAACUCUUCGAUUCCAACAGACCUUAGACUGAAGUGGGCAUCUCAGGUCGCGGAGGCAGUCCAGCUGCUGCACAACAGUCGAAUCAUCCAUUGCGACAUUAAACCGAGCAAUCUCCUACUAACUGAGGCUCUCGAUAUCAAGAUAAUCGACUUUGCAGGCUCCUCAGUGGAUGGGUCUAGGCCAAGCGCGUGUGAGGGAACUCGAUUUUACCUCCCACGAGACUGGAGAGAGCAACCCACAGUGGCCACCGAUCUCUUUGCUCUAGGAUCGACUAUCUACCAAAUCUUUCAAGGUACCAGUCCCUACGCGGAGAUCCCCAGUGAUGAGGUGGAAAGACUUUUUACGCAGAAGGAAUUUCCCGAUGUCUCUGGUAUUGUUUGUGGGGAUAUUAUCAAGAAGUGUUGGCUGUCUCAAAUUGCUUCAGCGGGUGACGUGCGAAAGGCUAUCCAUCACAUCAUCGACAAACUGAAUUGUUGAAUGAUCAACGUCGACUGUACCCUUCAUCGCGAUGCUUUGGGCAAUGACUCGGAUAUGUUGUUUUACCGAGUAUCUUGUCCUUCGGAUCAGAACAAUCCACGCCAGUCUGUUUCGCUGAGGCACAUCGGUUCAGAAAUCUCGAAGUUGUAUCACAUGUUGCGGGGCAGCCGUGGAAAUGGAUCAAGGCCACAAGGAAUUCACACAUAGUUGAGCUUUCCCGUCAGUCAGUUACAAACCAAGGACUUAUUCCAAGUUUAUGAUGUAC